AUUUCUUCGUGGGUUGACAAGCUGUGAGGUUAAUUUGUCAGCCCCGUACGUCACCGGUGCUCGUUUGGGCAAAGCCAAUGUGAGCGGCUCAUCGCCAUGCUGAGAAGCAUGGGCCCUUGCUUUCUUUUUGUCGUAGCACAUGCUUUCGUGUGCGGCAAUCAGUCCAGCACCUGCAAACUUAUUGGACUCGAGCAACACAUCGACUGACAUACAGGCUUUCCGGACAGUCACGCAUGUCUGUUAAAUUAUGGCGCGUGGACGUCGCCUAGUUGGAUUGCUGCGGAACACUAGAUGCUCUGCCGCCUUCGCUGCCACAACGCAUCGGCGUUGCGCCUCGACUUUCACACCCCCUGACAUAGGAGCAUCAGGGCGAGACUCGCAUGCACGGCAAAGCUCAUCGGAGCCACAGAUCCCUGCGACAGCAGCAGCAACAGCACAGGAACAUCCCCAUGCCCUUUCAGCAAUUGCAGCGGGUCGCUUGCCGAUUGGAGUACCAGCAUACAUUGUCUGGGGAGCAAACACGAACGUGGGCAAGACGCUGGUUAGCGUAGGCCUAGCGCACGCAGCUGUGGCCAACAAGGUUCCUCUAUCCUACGUGAAGCCCGUGCAAACCGGUUUCCCUGCUGACUCAGAUGCACGGCUCGUGGCGCUGGCGUGUGGGGGCAGCCCCAAAACUGGCACCCAUGCGGCGGAGACAGCGGCACUCCGCUCAACAGCAGCAGCACCACCACCACCAGAGGCGCCAGCAAGUAAUGCAACACCCGCAACACACGGUAUUAAUGACAGCAGUGGCAGUAGCAGUACGGCAGCACACGUGACCCGAUGUACGACACUCUUUGCAUGGCAGCAUGCGGUCAGUGCACAUCUGGCGGCUCGCCUGGAAGGCCGAACUGUGGGGGACGAUCAGCUCGUGGCCACCACUGCAGUACACGUACGGCAGGUCAUGGAGGAGAUCAUGACCCGUACAACAGCUGCCAUUGGAGGUGCUGCUGCUACUGCUGCCGCCGCUGCUACUGCAAGCGAAGGAAGCUGCACAACCCCUGUCGCCCGCAGCACUGCUACUGCCAGUGACAGCAGCAGUGGUGGCGGCAGUAGCAGAAGCGGUGGUAUGGUGCUGGUGGAGACGGCCGGAGGAGUGACGAGUCCUGCGCCGUCGGGGCGGCUCAUGUGCGAUGUACUGCGGCCCUUGAGGCUGCCUUCCAUCCUGGUCGGCGACCCGCGCCUCGGCGGCAUCGCCGCCACGCUGUCGGCGUACGACAGCCUGGUCUCCCGUGGCUGGGACGUGGAGGCUGUCGUACUCGUCGGGCAGGACAGUGUACGGCAAGCAGCUGACGACGCCAACGGCACUGUCGUACCGCUAGACAACCUUUCCUUCCUUCGAGAGUACCUCAGCGGUACUGCAACUGCCGUACACCGCAUGGGCUCCCCGCCGCCGCUGGUGGUGGGCGUGCCGGCCUGUCCGCCGCCGCCGCCGGGGCACGAUGUACGACAACAGGGUUUGGAUCCAGCGUUACGUGACUGGUUGCCCGCCUCCUUGCCCGCCUUCACCUCCUUGCUGGACUGCCUCCGCCGGCGCCACCAGCAGCGGCUGACGGAUCUUACCUCCGCCGCCGCCGCCGCUGAGGCGCAGAUCUGGUGGCCCUUCACUCAACACGCGGGACUGACCCAUGGGUCAGCCACCGUCAUCGACAGUCGCUGCGGCGAGGUCUGGACCACCCUACCUCCUCACUCUAACCCCUCCACCUCUCCACCCUCGUCACCCUCCACGUCAGCAGCGCUCGUCCCAUUGUACGACGCCAGUGGCAGCUGGUGGACCCAAGCGGUGACGUCAGAUCUCCAUCCGGAUCUCGCUCGCGCCGUGUCGUACGCCGCCGGUCGCUACCUGCACGUGCUCUUCCCUGAGGUGGCGCACACGCCGGCGCUGGCGGCUGCUUCGGCGCUGCUUGCGGGUCCGGGUGCGGGCUGGGCUGAGCGGGUGUUCUUCUCGGAUGACGGCAGCACCGCCAUUGAGGUGGCGCUCAAGAUGGCUUUCAGGAAGUUCCUGGCGGACAGGGGGGAGCUGGGGGCGGAGGCGGCAGCAGCCUCCGCCGGCACCGCCGCUGCUGCUGCUGCUACCGGCUCCACCUCCGGCAGCGCCAGCAGCAGCAGCAGCACCACCACCCGCGGCGGCGGUGGUGAGCUGCUGGUGUUGGGUCUGCGCGGCGGCUACCACGGGGACACGCUGGGCUCGCAGGACUGUGUGGCCGCCUCGCCGUUCAACGGGCCGCUGCAGUCGCCCUGGUACCGGGGGCGGGGGCUGUUUCUGGAGCCGCCAUACGUGGGCAUGAGGCGGGGUCGCUGGCAGCUGCUGGACCCGCCCGCCUGGCUGUCCGCGCACCACCCGGGGGGCCCACUGCCCUCCUGGGCCUCCCUGGAGGAGAUGCUGGAGGAGGAGGAGGAGGGGGAGGGCACCGGUAGCGGCAGCAGCAGUAACAACAGCAGCAGUUCGGCCUCUGCCGCGCUCGCUGCGGCUUACAGGUCGUACAUCUCAUGCGCCAUAGACGAGUUCGAGGCCUCCCUCGCGGCUGCUAGAAGUGCUGGCAGUGGUGCUGCUGGCAGUGCUGGUGCCCCCAGUGGCCGGCUGGCUGCGUGCAUCAUGGAGCCGCUGCUGCAGGGCGCGGGGGGCAUGCUGGCAGUGCACCCGGCCUUCCAGAGGGCGGUGGCGGAGGUGUGCCGCGCCCGCCGCCUGCCGCUCAUCCUGGACGAGGUGUUCACCGGUCUGUUGCGCACCGGCCUCCUCACCGCCGCCUCCGCCCUGCGCAUCACCCCCGACAUCGCCUGCUACGGCAAGCUGCUGACGGGCGGGGCGGCGCCCAUGGCGGUCACACUGGCGAGUGGGGAGGUGUUCCGGGCCUUCAGUGGACCCAGCAAGCUCUUCGCACUGCUUCACGGUCACUCCUACACCGCCUAUCCAAUUGGUUGCGCCGCCACCGCCGCCUCCCUCGAACUCCUAACCAACCCCGCAACCAACCCCAACCUCUGCACCCCUCCUUCAACUCCCAACCAACCUCCUAACCGCCGCCUUGGUGGUUGCUCUAAGAACCCUCCAUGCACCAAACCCUGCGGGCGGCUGUUACCCAUGUGGGACGAGCAGUUGGUUUCCUACCUGUCGUACCAUCCAUUAGUCAGCCGCGUCGUGGCGGUUGGUACGGUACUCGCCAUUGAGCUGGUUUGCAGUACGACAACUACCGGAGGGUACGGUUCAGUGGGUGCCGUACAAAUUGUACGACGGUUACGUGAUGACCACGGCAUCUACGCUCGGCCGCUGGGUAAUGUGGUUUACGUAAUGGUGCCGCCCACUGCGUCACCUGACACGGCGGCCUGGCUCGGGGGCAGUCUACGGGCUGUGUUGGAUGCGGCUGCGUCAGAGGCUGAGGCAGGGGCGGGGGCGGGAACGUCAGGCUGCGGGAAGGGGCCUGAGGAAUCGGUGGUGGUUUAGUAUACCGGUAAGCACGGGUAACGUAGCACGGGUACCGUAAUGAGGGACCAGGUAUUUGCGCUGCGGUGGUAGUGUGUGUUCUGUGAAGAUUGACAUGCAUGCUCCGAGUGCAUUAAUAUGGCGUUGCUAUUGAUGUUGGUGCAAACACAGGCGCCGUUUUGUGUUCUGGUAACGGCUUGAAGGGGGGGGGCAGGGGUGUUGCGUGGAAGGGCACAAGGGCGGUGAGGAUGCCUGUUUUGGGGGAGGGGGAGGAACCUAACGUACCCGGUAAGCCGUGUUUGUGUGGCAGUGAGUGUGGUAGCGGCAUACGCGUACACUGCAUGAAGGAAGUGAGAGAUGUGUGCACGAAACAGCAGGUGUGGUAGCGUGCCGGUAUCUGGCUGGAGGUGCAGCAGGGAAGAAGGGUAAGAGGUAAAGCAAUCAAACGGAUGCACAUGUCUGUGCAUUUGGAGCCAGUGGGGGCCGACUUCGGAAGGGUUCGUUGGUGGGAGGCAGUGGCGCCUAUGGGCUCCCGGUACAUCUUGCGGGGCCACAUGAGCAAAGAUACAUACGACAAAGAUGGGUGGCAGCGGAUGCAAAGUGAGG